UGCAAGAUCAGAGCCAAUUUCUUGGGCUUCUCGUCCAGAUGAAAAGAUUGAAGAAUUUCUAAAAACUCGUAAUGUUACAGACCUUGAAGACAUUACAGCUAUUAUAUAUAACUUGAGAAAUCUUUCUGAACGGCAUGGCAAGCGAAGUGCUGAAGAACAACUUCAACAGCAGUAUCUGAAAAAGCUUGAACGACUUCCUGGUCCAAGCGAACUGGGAAAAACUUAUACUCAAUCGGAUGAAAAUCCCACGUUCCUGAACCAUCGACCACCAUCAGCUGAGGGGAUUCCAACCGAACUUCUGCACCCUGUGUUUGGACAGUUUCUGGACGAUUGCGCGUCCGCUCAACCGACCAUGGAUGACGUCCAGUUUGCUGUUUCAUUCAGCACCUCGAUGCUUCGAUAUUAUAACUCUGAAGGAGAUCGCGCGGACCGCUUGCGGAAUCUAUUUGCAGAUCACUAUGUCAUUGGCCUCAAAGGCUCCACAAUCCGUAAUGCGAUUACUGACGCCACUUGGUUUCCAGACUCUAAAAGCAACUUCAUGGCAAUGAACAUCGAAGUAAAGAAUGAACCCGGACGCAACGGUGACUCUUUUAUUCAGAAUAUCGGUUACUACCAGCAAUACAUCCUUAGCCACGAACGCAGAGAAAUGAUCAGGCUCCCCUGCUUCCUUAUUUCUGUAGUCGGACCAACACUCAGCAUCUCAAGAGCCAUCUUCGGAGCAAGGAUCACCAUCGAUGCACACCCCAACACACUCUCUUUUGCCUGCUCUUCGUAUAAUACUGAGUAUUUCGCUCGCAUCUUUAGAGCUCUUAAGAAUGCCAUUGAGACACUGCGAGAAUAUUACAGCAACAACAUCCCAGACAUUGAGCCGGAGCAACGAGAAUUCCCAUACCUCAACUCAUUUCAGAGUGGUGGAAGUCGUAUUCAUUUCAAGUACCGUCGGGCUCUGAAUCCACAUCUUCUUAUCUUUAUUGUUGACAUUGAUGUUGAUGUUAACGAUGCACCAGGACUCCCUCAGCAGCUUCUUGUCAAGUUCACUCGUCGUUAUGGUGUAGAAGCUCACAGGGAAUGUGCAAGCCUAGGAAUUGCUCCUGAGCUUUUUGGUUUUGAGGUUCUUGCAGGUGGCUGGAAAGCAGUCGUGAUGGCCUACAAGGGCGAUGACUUUAAGACACUACUUGAAUGCACAUUUGAUGAAAAAAUCAAGACAGCAGUGAAGGAGACAGCAGUGAAGAUGCAUAGAAAAGGGUUUGUACAUGGUGAUCUCCGGGACGUGAACAUUCUGUACCAUUGCCAGCAAGCCCGUGAUAGGGUGGAUAUUCUUUUCAUUGACUGGGAUUGGGCUGGCAAAGAAGGAGAAGCUAGGUACCCUCCAACUAUGAACCCCAAAAUUAGUCGACACCAGAAUGCAGUGGCCCAUCAGCUCAUAUGGAAAGAGCAUGAUGAUCACAUGCUAGAUAUCAUGUUCCGCUGA